AUGAAAUUUGAACUGUUACCAAAUGAAAUUUUAUUUAUAUUCUUUGAAUAUCUGAAUGUAUUUGAUAUAUUUUAUUCAUUUGAUCAAUUAAAUGAUCGUUUUUCUAAAUUUAUUCGAAAUAUUCGAUUUCAACUCAAUUUUGAAAAUGUACAAAAAAAAAUAUUUGAUAAAUUUUGUAAAAAAAUAAAAUUAAAUCCCGAAAUCAAAAAUCAAAUAUAUUCAUUAAAAUUAUCAAAUAAAAAUACAUGUGGUCAAAUUCAUGCAUUUUUAUCAAUAUUUUCAUUCAAAGAAUUUUCUUAUCUUCGAUCAUUAACAUUAGUUGAUGUUGAAAAAAAAAAUAUACAAAAUUUGAAAAUAACAUUACCACAAUUAUCUGAACUUAUCUCUUUUCAUAUGAUUUGUCAUACGUUUGAAGAUAAUGAAAUAUUAGAUGUUCUUCCAAUGUUUAAUCUACGAACAUUAUCAAUAUUAUCACUUAAUUCUGUUCAAACAUGUAUUAAUAAUACUUCAAAUAUUAUAAAUUUAACAAUUCAUACUUGUUCUUUAGAACAUUUAUUAUAUUAUUUAUUUAAAUAUUUUCCUAUGUUAAAAUAUCUAAAUGUUGAAUGUAUUUCUCGAUAUAAUCAUUCGAUAAAGGAUGAUAAUUCACUUAUUAAUAAAUAUAAUGGUAUUCAUCUAAAACAAUUGAUUAUUGGUUUAUUUAAGUAUAAUUUUGAAGAUUUUGAAAUGUUUGUAAAACAGAUACCUAAUUUAAAAAAUUUAACAAUACAUUCAAAGAACAAUAUUAAUAUGAUUGAUGCUUAUAAAUGGAAAAAUUUAAUUCAAUCUUCAUUAUCUUAUUUGAAUAUUUUCAAAUUUAAAUUUAGUUGUGAUCGUAAACAUAAUGAUAAAAUUAUUUUGAAAAUGUUUGAACGUUUUCAAGAUGAUUUUUGGUGUAAACAAUAUCAAUGGUAUACUGAAUAUUCAUUUGAAAAACAUUUAGCAUCUAUUUAUACAAUACCUUAUUUAUUAAAUCGAUAUAAAUUAGAAUUGAAUAUGAAAAUAUUUUCUAAUAAAAUAAUUAAUAAUUCGAAUACAUUUGAUAAAGUAAUCUAUCUAACAUUAGAUGAUAAAAUUAUAACAGAUAAAUGUCAAUAUCAUUUUUCAAAUGUCGAUUCAUUAAUAUUAUUUACAUCAGAAGUGAAUCAAAAUCCAAUUGAUAUUUAUUAUUUAAAAAUAAUUGUUAAUUUAUCUCAUUUAAAACAUUUAAAUAUGUUUAUGUAUGAGAAAAUAAUAUCAUCAAGAGAAUUAUUAGAAAUAUUAAAAGAAUCACCAAAAUUAUCAAUGAUUACAAUCAAUUCAACAAAUUUAAAAUUAUUAUUCAAUGAUGAUGAAUUAUGUAAAUAUUUAAAUAAAAUGAUUAAAAAAUUACAUCUAGAUAAACAAUUUAAUUUAUCAUUCAAUAAUCUUAAUCAAUCGAAUAUAUUUCAACCUUCAUUCAAUAGUCGUAAUGAAUUGAAGAAAUUUUGUGAAAUUUUUUCAAAUAUUAAACAACUUAUAUGUUAUCUUAUUGAACCAGAUGAUGUAUUGUUUUUAUUAAAUCAAUUAAAAAAAUUAUCAACUAUGAAAGUUUAUUUACCACCAUUAGGUGGUCAUAAUUAUUUUUUUACUUUAUUUGCACAAGAAUCAUCUAGAUUAAACUUUAUAUUUCGAAUUCGAUGUACUCAUGGAAAUGCACCAGAACUAUCUAUGUGGAUUGGUAGAAAUAAAUUAAUCAUGUAUUAG